CAUUGAGUUGUUGGAACUUAGAGAUGGCCGAAUUACUCUUGGAUCCCAACAUCAGAAUUUGGGUGGUAUUACCCAUAGUUUUUAUUACCUUUUUCGUUGGUAUUAUAAGACAUUAUGUUAGUUUAUUGCUUGCCAGUCAGAAAAAAGUUGAUUUGCAGAAAGUUGGUGAUAGUCAAGCUCUGAUGAGAAGUAGAUUGUUGAGAGAAAAUGGACGCUUUUUGCCAAGAAAGUCUUUCAUUAUGAGGAAACAUUACUUCAAUGAUGAGGAGACAGGAUUUUUCAAGACUCAGAAGAGAGAAGGUCCCCCUCAAAACCCAAUGACAGACCCAUCUAUGAUGACAGACAUGUUGAAAGGAAACCUAACCAAUAUCUUGCCAAUGAUUGUCAUUGGUGGAUGGAUCAACUGGACCUUUUCUGGCUUUGUCAUUACCAAGGUUCCAUUUCCUCUUACGUUGCGAUUCAAACCAAUGUUACAACGAGGAGUAGAGCUUGCAUCCCUUGAUGCUUCAUGGGUUUCAUCAGCCAGCUGGUACUUCUUGAAUGUCUUUGGUCUCAGGAGUGUCUAUUCACUCAUCUUGGGAGAAAAUAAUGCUGCAGAUCAAGCUCGUCUGAUGCAGCAGCAGAUGAAUCAGGGUAUGGCUAUGGCUCCAGACCCAACCAAAGCAUUUAAGGGGGAGUGGGAAGCUCUUGAAAUUGCUGAACAUCGCUGGGCCAUGCAGAACGUAGAAGAGGAGUUAAUAGGCAGGACACCCAUGCCAGAGGAUAUCUAUGUUAAAGAUAAAUAUAUUUGACCUGCAAAUAUGUUCAUAUUCUUUUUCAUUAUUUAAUAUACUGCACUGUAUACCUGCUCAGUGUUGGUGCUUUUUUGGGGGGGGCUGGGCUUUCUGCAUGAAUAAUGAUAGAUGAUUUGUGCACCGGCAUUGUAAUGAAUUUCGCUUACAACCCAUUUAAUCAUAUUGUUUAAUUCUUUUAGUAGACCCCGUUAUGGCUAAUGUGUUAAGACAUUAAACAGAUUUGUGUUUAUCCAUAAAUAUUCAGUACAAUUCAUAUGUAUACUACUACACACUGGCUUGUUGUUUCAUAAAGCUAAUCAUAAGUUACGAGCAACUUUACAAGUGACUCAUAAUCCUUUCUUGUGGUAAGUGAAAAUGAAGAUUUCUAUUGGCAAUGAUUUAGUUUCUAAGAAAGGUUCACCAGGAAUUCGUAAAGUUGCUUGUAACACCCAUCUGAUUCACAAUAGUGUUUGCAUUAUUAUGUUGAAACAAUUAUAUUGAAUUCAAUGUUCUUGAAUAUUUCUUGAAUGAUGAAAAAAUACUGUUUGUAAUGACAUUUCCAAAGAGUAAAUUUGAAGUUUGGGCUGCCUAUAAGAACUGACCAUGCCACACUGGAUACUAUUGUAGGUGCUUUAUGUAUUCCUGUAUUUCAUUUGACAUCAAGGCAUUACUAUACAGUAGAAAUAUUGCACAUGGAAUUCAUGAGAAAUAAUUAAAAUGAUCAUUUUUAGCAGUGAGCUUGUAUCGGGGGGGGGGGGGGUUCAUUAGGUUAUUAUGUGCUUUGACAAGGCACAUUACCUUGCAUCAGGAACAUUAUUGCUGAAGUGAUGAAAUGUGAGCCCAAAAUUGCACAAGACUGUUAGGCACAACUGUAUUUCAAAUACUUUUUGCUAAAUUGCUGUUUAUCUUACACUUUACACUGAGAAUAUGUGUGAUGAAUAGGACUGUUGAAGAAUAGGACAGUUGAAUAACAUCCACAUAUUCAAGUUUCAACACAAUUUGAAAUGAUUUAAAAACCCAAUGACCUGACAUAUACAUGUACCAGAUCUAUGUAGUGUCAUUUCAUAAGUCUCUUAAUGUUUCAUUGCUUGUUGUGUAAAAGGUACAAUAGACUUAUAAUGACACUCAAAGUAUAUUUGAUGAGAGGAAUAUCAUGUCAUUUGCUGAAAAUCUCUGGACAAGUAGACAAGACUGACUUUUUACAGCUCUUUAUAAAUAUUGAAGGAUAUCUGACUAUAAAAUGUGAUCUGUCUCGUCUCAUGGUGUUAUGUCUUUAAUAUUUUGUGUGAUAACUUUUAAGCACAGUGCAUUGGUGUCAUCAUAGUAAGUACAGUGAUCUGAUGACAAUUUAUUAUCCAUUUAGAUACAGUAGUCUCUGUGAUUGAAUAAAUUGCAUAUUUGAUACAAUUGAA